AUGGGGCUGGCCUUGACUCCCAGCUCAAGGCCUCUGCAUCAGCUGCCUCUGGCUUCUGGAGCUGCCCUAGUGACAGCUCCAGUGGGUCCCGGGGAGGUGGUGGAGACUGCGGAUGGGGUGUGCAAGUUUCCAGGGCAGCACCUGACCUGGUGGCAGGCUCAAGAGGCUUGUGAGCAGAGGUUUGGCCGCCUGGCACUCGCGCCCCCUGCUGGGGCCCUGGCUCUACGGCUGCCCAACCCCAUCUGGGUGGGCCAAAAAGAGGGCUCUCUCCGGAGAGCCCCGAAAAGGCGCGCGCUCACGUCGGCCGCGCUGGUGUUCGGGGAGCGGACGGCGGACAGGGCUGCACGGCUGCGGUGGCCCCUGCCCGCGCUGGGGGCGCUGACUGCGUGCGCGCACGUGCAGUGGGACGCCGCCUCGCCCGACCCCGCGGCGCUCUUCUCCCUCGCCGCGCCCGCGCUGCAGCUGCGAGCCUUCGCCGAGCCCGGCGGCGCGGUGCACGCGGCGCUGGUGCGCGGCGGGCGCUGGGCGCUGUUCGCCGACGGGCGGUGGCGCGCCGGGGCGCGGGGACUGGGCGCGGGCCACCCGGUGCCGGCGGGCGGCAUCCUUGUGCUGGGCCAGGAUCAGGACUCCCUGGGCGGCGGCUUCUCGGCGCGCGAUGCCUUCAGCGGCAACCUCACCGACUUCCACCUGUGGGCUCGGGCGCUGAGUCCCGUGGACCUGCGGCGGGCGCGAGCCUGCGCGCCGCCAGCCGUCGGCCUGCUCUUCCGCUGGGACUUGCGCGCCCUGGACGUCACGCCCUCGCUGCUGCCGCCCCUGCGGGUGCGCCUUCUCUGUCCGGGCUCCCUUCUGAGCUCGCGGCCCAGCCCACGUCUCUCGAACCUGGCCACGCCCAGCUCUGGUCACGCCCUCCCCAAGCCGAGCAGCAAAUGGUGGAUGGGGCACCUCUGGGCUGUGUCGCUCGGGACCCAGCCUGGCCUCCCCUCCUUUGCAGAGACUUACCAGCAGCUGCAGGAUGCCCCGUCAUGGCCUGGCCAGGAUGUUAUCAGCCGAGUCAAUGCCUUGGCCAACACCACUGUGUCCAUGGACACCUGUCGCCGGCUGAGGCCUGCAGCUUCCUGGGUAUCCUGGAGAGUCCUGGCAAAGGAGGUGGCUCCCCUGGGGCCCACGGCACUGCUGGCCGUCAUCCACUUCCUGAAGAGGGUGACAGCCCUCGGGGCUGGGGAGCCAGACCCCUUGACAGAGCCCUGGGAGCAGCUAGGUCAGGGCAUCGUGUCCGUGUUCAGCUUGGUCCGGGAGGAGCAGCUGGCCGGCACGUGGCUCUCAGUCAGCGAGGUGGUCGGCAGCCCCAUGGCCUUGGUGGCAAGUGUCCAGCGCUUGGCACCCAUGCUGAGCACCGUGCUGACCUCCGAGCGGCCGGGACUGCGUAUCCAGCGCCACGGAGCCGGUCUGGAGGUGCGGAGCCUACACCUGGGGGAAGCCAGCAGAGAGGGCUGUGUGUUCACGAUGCCCCGUGGACAUCCGGAGGGGCCCGGCCACAUCCGUAUCCCCGCGGGAGAAGUGGAGCAGCUCCUCAGGAAAGGCCUCUCCAGAGUCACCGUGAUCCACAGCUGGUUCAGCUCCAGUAUCUUCCAGCACACCCUAGGGGAGCCCGACCUAGAGCCCCAGGCCCCUGACAGCUCAGAAGAGGCGAGCAAGGCGCAGAGGUUUCUAAGCACCCGGCUGGGCUCGGCCAUCAUCUCCUCUGAGGUAUGGGAUGAGACCGGGGAGGUCAGCACAUCCGUGACGUUUCACCUGAAGCACCAGGCCCAGGUACUGGGCAUGGGGGGCCCUCAGGCCUUCCCGCUGAGCCUGGCGCAGCCUGUCUAUGCUUUCUGGAACUUCAGGGGCUCAUGGGCCACCGCUGGCUGCUCUGUGGCCGCCCUGUACGAGGCCUCCACCGCCUGCUUCUGCAACCACAGCACCAACUUUGCGGUCCUGCUGCAGGUGUAUGACGUUCAGAGGAGUGCCGAGGAGGAGUCACUGCUGAGGACACUCUGGUUUGUGGGCUGCGGCGUGUCCUUCUGUGCCCUGGCCACCACGUUCUUGCUCUUCCUGGCAGCCGGGGUUCCCAAGUCAGAGCGAACCACGGUCCACAAGAAUCUUACCUUCUCCCUGGCCUCGGCCGAGGGCUUCCUCAUGGCCAGCGAGUGGGCAAAGGCCAAUAAGGUGGCCUGUGUGGCCGUCACAGCCGUAAUGCACCACCUCUUUUUGGUGGCAUUCUCCUGGAUGCUGGUGGAGGGCCUCCUGCUCUGGAGCAAGGUGGUGGUCGUGAGCAUGCGCCCGGGCCCCCGGAUGGCGCUCUACUACACCACAGGCUGGGGUGUGCCUGCGGCCAUUGUGGCCGUCACCCUGGCCCUGUCUCCCCAUGACUAUGUGGCGGCCGGGCACUGCUGGCUCAACGUACACACAGACAUCAUCUGGGCCUUUGUGGGGCCUGUGCUCUUCGUGCUGACUGCCAACACGUGCAUCCUGGUCCGCGUAGUGAUGGUCACUGUGGCCAGCACCCACCGCCGCGCCCGCAUGCUGAGCCCACGGCCCUGCCUGCAGGAGCAGGUCAGGAUCCAGACAUGGGCCAUGGUGAAGCCAGUGCUGGUCCUGCUGCCCGUCCUGGGACUGACCUGGCUGGUCGGCGUGCUGGUGCACCUCAGCCCGGCUUGGGCCUACGCCGCCGUGGGCCUCAAUUCCUUCCAGGGGCCGUACAUCUUCCUGGUCUAUGCCGCCUACAACGGGGAGGUCCGGAGCGCCCUGCAGAAGAUGACGGAGAAAAAGGCAACAGAGGCAUUCACGGCCUGCUCCAGCCCCAUGGGCCCAGCGUCCCACCCGAGGUCCCUGGGUCCCUGGGAGGUAGCUCAGGACAGCCCUGCAGCCUUGGCUCCAGCCCGAAGACACUUGGCUCUUAGAGGGACCCACAGCCCCAGAAUCCCCACAACCUUCUCCUCCAUUGCAGAACCUGAGAGGCCGGCUGUGGAGCUGACAGCAUUCAAGGUGUCAGGCGAGGCGCCGGUGGGAACAAGAGCGGUAGCGGCGCCUCUGCGCUCAAGUGACAGCGCCUUUGUCUCUGCUGAAUGGGUAGCCCGAGACGAGGUGCGGGGGAGCGAAGGCUGCCAGCCCCGGUCCCUCACAAGGCAGCCACCGCCCUUCCUGAAAGCCUCUGGGCAUCAGGUGUUCUUCGAGAGAAUCUGA